GCAUUUCUUAUAUUAGUUGUCCUACUGUUGCGCUGUAUUUUAACCCUAGCUAGGACUAGCUGGGGAGAUAAUUUUCUUCACAUCAACAGGUUUUUGUCCUUUAAUUCACCGUUGAUUUACUGAAUCAGGUGGCUAUAAACAAAACAUGAAAAUGAUAAAAAGGGAAUGCGGAAUCAUUUUCCUUCACACUAAUGCAUAAUUCUUUAUUUUUUGGGUCUCAUAAAGUUAUAUUAGUCUCCAUGUAGUGGGUCCUCCCUACCAUAAAAAAUAAUAGAAAAAUCUGUAAUAAUUCAUGCAUUACUCUACCAGCAAUUAAGUUUGGAAAUUAGGUACGCUUAAUGCAUGUGAACUGGAAAGAGCAACCGCAAGGCUGGAAUAUUAAUCAUAGAUUUAUAAUUAGGGAUUCCAUAGUUUCAAAUCUCUUCCCCAAAAUAUGGCCGCAGCAUCAAAACUUGACAGUCGACAAUAACAAGAUAUAAACAGAUAGUGAGACCCACCUUUGAUCCCUAGCUACCAGCCACGAGAAUACUAUUUACGUUUACUAAAUUUGUUAGGUAAAUGAUGACAUAGUUCUCGGUGUCUUAUUGGUUAUAGAUAAAAUUAAAAAAAAAAGGCUAAAAUUGAAUAAAUGAUGACAGUUCUCAUAUUAUUUGGUAAAUAAAUUUUGCAAGUGCAUGAUUACUCUGACUUAAUAUGUGUUGUCUAUGUGUUUGACUUGAGUGUCACCUGUAUGAGGAGGCGUACGAGGAUGUAGAGUGUUGUCACACAUCAAAUAAUUAAAAGACUUUGCAUGUGAUGAGUGUUCUAAAACGCGGUCUAGGCGGCGGUGCUCUGUCGCGAUUAACUUGAAAUCGUUCACUAAAUCGGCAAAGCCAUUAAACGGUGUAAGGCGGCCGCUUGGGUGGGCUAGGCGGGCUCGACGAAUGUCGGGCGAUCUGGGCGGCCUGGAAAAGAAACUUUUGUCACGAGACUCACAACCUUCUUGUCUCCCUGAGUCUCGUCGUCUGCCUCUCUGUUUGCUAGAAGAGAAGUCAAAUAUGGUGAGAGAGAGAGAGAGAGAGAGAGAGAGAGAGAGAGAGAGAGAGAGAGAGAGAGAGAGAGAGAGAGGUAGUGCAAUUGCAGGGAUGUGUGAUGGCGACAGGUUGUAGAAGGUUUGCAGAGAUGGGGAGAAAGGUAGAUGAGAUUUGUGCAAUUGCAGGGAUGGAUGAUGGCGACGGGUUGUAGAAGGUUUGCAGAGAAGGUUGAGGCGGCAAGUUGUAGAGCUGCAUACAAUAUGAAGGUCAUGUUCUCUCGGAAUGCAUUUCUUGUUGAUACAAUAAACACAACUGCUGGUCGAGUUCUUAAACUCGACUCUAUCGAAAGUGGGAAACUGUGGAUGAAUAGUGAUGUUCUGAUCUUCAACUCAUGGCAUUGGUGGCUUCACACCGGAAGGAAGCAACCUUGGGAUCUAAUUCAAGAAGGGAGCCGUACAUACAAAGACAUGGAUCGCUUAGUUGCUUACGAGAAGGCGCUCAUGACAUGGGCUAGAUGGGUUGCUACCAAUUCGGAAUCAACAAAAACAAGAGUUUUUUUCCAAGGCGUUUCCCCAGAUCAUAAUAAUGGAAGUGAAUGGGGAGAGGCAACCUCAAACCAGUGUGAAGGGCAAACACAACCAAUGGCGGGGAAUGAGUAUCUGGCAGGUUCACAUCCAGCAGAGGUAGUAGUAGAAAGAGUGCUGCGUUCUAUAUCAAACCCGGUUCAUUUGCUAAAUGUCACAACCCUUUCACAACUAAGAAAAGACGGGCAUCCAUCUGUGUACGGUCACGGUGGUCACAGGGACAUGGACUGCAGUCACUGGUGUUUAGCUGGAGUGCCUGAUACUUGGAAUCAACUUCUAUACGCAUCUCUGAUACAAAGCAAGACCAGUUACGAUGUGGACUCGGAAAAUUAUAAAUAAGAUGUAAGCCCUCAGGUUCAGUCAAAUUGGCGAUUCCAUCCAAUGUAACAAAGAAAAAUAUGGUUUACAUACGGAAGCAUAUGACUUCAACUUAUCAGCAUCAUCUUUGUUCAUCAGGAUAAAGUAACACAGUUGUGAAACAUCAUACAGAAGUACAUCAGAUACAGAUAGCCAAUUAGGCCAAUCUAAAUAGGAGUAAUUAAUUUCUUCUAAAAGGAAAGUGUGCAUCAAAAUAUUGUGAAUAGAACCACUCAAUACUAUAGUUUAUUGGUAUUCUA